UAGCGAUUUACAUUAACGUUUUCACGAAAGGGUUUUCCAAUUCCUAAAUCCAAAUUCUAGGGUUUCAAUCCUACUCAAAAAUCGAACUUACGAUCGCAAGAUAAACUCAAAUUGACCCGUCGAUUCGAACAAAACCAUCGAAGAACCUCGGAGCAACAAUUCAAUUGCUGAAAUCAGCAAGCGCGAUUCAAUUCAGGUAUUCAAGACUAAAUGGGCGCGAAUCAGUAUACACGAAUCGAUACAUUAGAGCUGAAAGCUCUUUUCCAUAAAAAACUUGGACAACAAAGAGCCGAUAAAUACUUCAUUCUACUCUACAAAUACCUCAAUUGCCAGCUUGCAAAGAACAACUUCCUCAAAUUCUUGAUCCUAACAAUCGGUAGAGAAAAUCUCCCUCUUCACAACCGAUUAAUCACUUCAAUCGUAAAAAACGCCACUCUAUCCAAAACCCCACCACCAACAUUCAAAAAGUUCACAAAAUCCCUCAAUGUCAAGAUUGCGAGGGGACAAAGGAACAAUCUGCAGUCAUAUGUUCCUUCGUCCCCUCGCAAGAGCCGGUCCCCACGGGACCAGAAGUCAAAAGACCGUUUUAGCCCUCUCGGGCCAAACGGUAAAUCCGAUUUCCACCAAAGUCCAACCGAACUUCAUUCUCUCGGUAGCCGACCGCCAAUUGAGGUUCUAUCGGUUGAAGACGGCGAAGAGGUUGUUUCCGGGAGCCCAGGGAUUCAGAGCAGAAGCCCGGUUACAGCUCCUCUGGGUAUUUCAUUAAGCAAAACCCGAAAGAGCUUGUACCGGGCUUCUGUCCAUGGGCCCGCGAACGCUUCGCGGGCCCAUAUGUGUCAGAACAAUUUUGAAUUGCCCGAUAGUCGAUACUUGAGGGGGUGUUUGAGACAAAAGUUGGAAGGUGAGGGGCUAAGUGUUUCGGAAGAUUGUGCGAAUUUGUUAAAUGUUGGUUUGGAUGCUUAUUUGAAAAGAUUGAUCGAGCCUUGUAUCAGUCAAGCCCGUUCAAGGCUUGGUCAAUCUCAAAGUCAAAGUCAAAGUCAAACUGCUUCUGUUGUAAAUGGGCCGAGGGUAGUUUCGUCUGUUUUGGAUCUUAGUGUUGCGAUGGAGUGUGAUCCACGUAGACUUGGAGUUGACUGGUCAACGCAAAUGGAGAAAUUACGGUUUAGUACUUUUGAAGAAUAAAAUUAGAUUUUUGUGAUUCUUUGUGGUAGAACUAGAAUUUUGAUUCUUGGAGGUGUAUGCUUCUUGAUAACUUGUCUCUGAAUUGUUUAUGGGGGCUUUCAAGUUUCAAUGAGUUCACCAGCAUCUUUUAUUAGUUGUUUUAGUGUUGUAUAGCGUAUGGGGAUAUACCUCCAAGUUUGAGUAUAUUCUCUCGAGUUCACUUCUAAUGCUUUAUGUUGAGAAAAAGAAGGGCAUUUUAGUCAUUUCCCAUACUAUUGUUUACAUGCCAAAUCUAACAAAUGUUUACAUGUUUAGUAGUACCAAGUGUUUCAUUA